AUGCAAUCGAGAAAUAAAUCUCGACCAUAUAGACUUGCAUCUCCUACUCAAACUAACAAACUUUCACCCUUAUCGGAUGAUUCAUUAUCCGAAAAAGGUGUACAAACAUUUAAAAAACGACGUCCACGUUCAGCAUUUAUUUCAUGUGAACCACCUCCACAACGGUCAACUCGUAUUGUAUCAACACCAUCAUCAACAGCUCCAUCAGUUUAUUUAAUUGAAGUUAAAAAUAAUAAUCGUCCAACGAAUUCAUUUGGUUUAACUAAAACAAUAACAUAUGUUUGGAGAAAUAAUCAUCAAAAUAAGAAAGAAGAUGAUUUCAAUAAAUAUCCAAGAUAUUCUGUUGAACAAGUACCACCAAUGAUUGAUAAUAGCAAACGUACAAUACCAAUAUCAUCUCGACAUAUAACUUUACAACGCGGUAAAACCGAUUGUUGGCAAAAUCAACGAACAACAUCAAAUACAAUAUUAACAUCAUCAUGUCAAAAUCAUACGGGUUCAGCAACAAAUUUACUUCCAUUAGGUACAAAAACAAAACAAAAUGACGUGAAAUAUCGUACAAAACCAAAUGGACAUGUUAUAUCAGUAACAACAACGAAACGUCAACAACCAUCAUUAUUAAAUCAAAGACAAAAUACUCGAUGGAAUAUUGAAGGUAAUGGUAAACAAAUUCGUUAUUCAAAUUUGAAAUGGUAUAGUGCUGAUCAAUUACAAAAAGACAAUCGUUUAAUAAUAAAACCACGAACAAAACGACGACAACAAAUAUCAGAUAGUGCAACAGAUACAGGUUCAUCAAGUGAACCACAUAAUCAAUCAGCACCACCAGUUCUUCAACGUAAAAUUAGUCCCUAUGUAUCUGAUGAUAUCCCUGAAGUUUUUGAAAAUACAACAAUGAAUAAUAAACAAAAUGAUUUAAUUAUACCAGAUUAUUCAUCAUUUCAUCGUGAAAUCAAUGAUACAUCAUCACCAGUAAAUCAUGAUGAAGAACAACAAAGUAUAUCAACUUCAUCUUCAAAAGAAAUUCAACAUAUUGAAACACUACUCAAUGAAUAUUCAUCAUCACCACGAAAACGAAAAUUAAAUUGUUCUGGAAGUACAGAUGAAGAUGUCGAUGAAUUUAAUAUAGAUAUAGAUUAUACUGAAGAUAUUGAUCAAUCAGCAGCAACAACAACAAUUCAAACCUAUCGUGAUCGAUUAAAUGCACGUAUCAAUGCUGAAAUAAAUCAAUUUCGUCCAAGAAUAUUAUCAACUGAAUAUUCACAAAUCACACUCGAUUCAGGUGUUGAUAUCGCAAGUGAACAAAAAAUAUCUCAACCAAAAAUCGAUGAACAAUAUUCCGAAGAAACUGCGAAUCAAAAUGAUUUAUGUGCUCUAUCAGAUGAUUCAUUACUUGAUAUUGAACCGGCACAUCAUAAUCAUGAUUUAUUAUUAAAAAUUCCUACAAUAACACAUGAACAAUCAUUAUCAUUAACAGAAGAAAGUGAUGAUUUUAAAAGUUAUAUAACAGCUAUAACUGAUACACAAUUAACGACUAAAAAUGAACGUGGACCAUCAAAUACAAGUGAUCAAUAUUAUUCCGCUGAAAGUGAAUUUAAUACAUCAUUAUCAUUUCCAAAUAAUGAUUUAUAUAAUAGUAUUGAAUUAGAAAAUGUUAGUGAUGAGGAUAAAGAUAAACAAAUUCAUCAUAAUAAUAAUGAAAUACAAAAUUUAUGUACAGAAUUAUCUCCAUCAUCAUCACCAAAAUUUGAUUUUAAAUUACCAUCAUUUGGUGAUUGGAUUGAUCAUGUAUUUACAACAUUUCUUGCUGAAACAAAUCAACAUUCAACAUCAACAAGUCGUUCAUCAUCGAUUAUAUCAAUACAAACAUCACAAAAUACAAUUGAUACAUCAUCAUCUCAAGUAUUAACUGUUAUUGAAAAUACGAAAAAAAAUCAACAUUUAACAAUUAUAUCAACAAAUCCAAAUAUAUAUGAUGAAAUUAAUCAAACGAAUUCUUUACAUCGACGAUCACAAUCAUGGCCAAACAAUGAACAACAACAACAACAACAGGAUGAGCAGAAUAUUAAAGAUAUGUCGAGUUCAAGUUUGAACAAUGAAAACAUCGAUUUUAAUUCUUCGACCAUUAAAACUAAUUACGAACAAAUGGAUACUAUAGACGACCAAGAGCCAUGUAAAAUAUCACAAUCAUUACUAUUGUCAUCGAUUAGAAAUGGUGAUGAAGGUGAGUUUUUAUUAUUCUAG